AUGGACGAGGACAAGGAGGAUGAGGAGCAGGAGGAGGAGGAGGAGAUGGAGGAGGAGGAGGAGGAGUUGGAGGAGGAGGAGGAGGAGGAGGAGGACGACGACGGGUAUGAGGAGGAUGAGGAGGACGAAGAGGAGGAGGAGGACGAAGGUGACGAGGAGGACGAGGUGGAUGAGGAGCAGAAGGAGGAGGAGGAGGAGGAGGAGGAGGAGGAGGAGGAGGAGGAGGAGGAGGAGGAGGAGGAGGAGGAGGAGGAGGAGGAGGAGGAGGAGGACGAGGACGAUGAGGACGACGAGGACGACGAGGACGAGGAGCAGGAGGAGAAGGAGGUGGAGGAGGAGGACGAGGAGGAGGAGGAGGAGGAGGAGGAGGAGGAGGAGGAGGAGGAGGAGGAGGAGGAGGAGGAGGAGGAGGAGGAUGAGGAGGAGGAGGAGGAGGAGGACGAGGAGGAGAGGAGGAAGAGGGAAGAGGAGGAGGAGAAGGAAGAGGAGGAGGAGGAGGAGGAGGAGGAGGAGGAGGAGGAGGAGGAGGAGGAGGAGGAGGAGGAGGAGGAGGAGGAGGACGAGGACGAUGAGGACGACGAGGACGACGAGGACGAGGAGCAGGAGGAGAAGGAGGAGGAGGAGGAGGAGGAGGAGGAGGAGGAGGAGGAGGAGGAGGAGGAGGAGGAGGAGGAUGAGGAGGAGGAGGAGGAGGAGGACGAGGAGGAGGAGGAGGAAGAGGGAAGAGGAGGAGGAGAAGGAAGAGGAGGAGGAGGACGAGGAGGAGGAGGAGGAGGAUGA